UGCUUUGACAGUGGCCCACAAGGAUAAUGAACUUGCACAUUUGGCAAUAACUUUGUUCCCGAGGUGAAGAAAAAGGUACACGUAGCCGACUUUUCGGUAAAUGGCUGUUCCUUAUCGGUUUUCCUUGGUUUCUUUGCUAUUGAUAUCAGUUAGACUAUAAUCCGAAUCUUAUUUUUUCCACAGUUGUCCAGUAGGGCGCGGCUCAGCAAGUUACCUUUGCCCCGAAGAAAGGGUCAUUGAACGGAGCAAAACGUCGCCUAUUCUCUGCGUGUUAUCGUUGGCAGCGUCAUGGGAGGAAUGAUUUUUUUUCUCUCGUGUAUGAGGUUGAAGCGAUCUUCUGCAGAUUUCACUUCAGUUCACGUUCUCUCUCCCCUCCCGCUGUCGUUGGUCUCUGCCCUUUGAUGUCGUGAAUCGCGGCAGCUCGAGAGGCGCAGUCGCGUGGCCGAAAUUGACGGUAAAUUUUGCAAUGAUUUCACAGAAAUGGAACAAGAUAGAAAGAAAAAAAAACUCCAACAUAAUAUUAAAAAAAACACACACAAUGGCUUAGGAGCCAAUGCAGGCAGGAAGCGACGCGGUAGGCACGGCCACUUUAGAAACUUCCUUCUUUUGGAGGGGGGUGGGGGGGGUGUGUGAUCCGUUAGAGCUCGAUUAUGUUGUGGUCGAGCUGCCUCAUGCGACAAAGGCACCGGCGAGACGUGCAAGAGUAUUGCUUAAAGCGGGGUGGGUAAGAAAAAUAAAAUCGUGGACAAAUCGGAGAGCCCACAUGGAGAUCAUUAAGCAAGGAUAUUUGGUGAAAAGGGGCCACGUUGUGCACAACUGGAAGGCGCGCUGGUUCAUGUUGGAUGGAGAGAGCUUGACCUACUACACCUGCAAGGGCGAGGUUUCCUCCAAGGGCUCCAUCCCUCUGAAGGACUGCCAGGUGGUCAGCCCGUGCCUGGACUACAGCAAGCGCCCUACGGUCUUCAAGGUGGUCAACAAGAAGCAGGAGCUGGUGAUGCAGGCCUCGUCGCUCGAGGAGCGGGACGCCUGGGUGCUGGACCUGCGCUCCGCUGCCCGUUGCCUCCAGGAAGGGCGACCCUUCACGCGCUCCUCGCUGCGCCAGUCCAUCCGCCUGGAGCACUCCCUCAACCUCCGAGAGAUUUUGGCGAAAAUGAAAGACCCCGAGAGUGGAAUCAAGUCGGAGAGUUUUAACAGCAGCAACAAGCUCUACAAGGACUGCUUCACAGGCGCGUGCGUGGUCAACUGGCUGGUGUCUUCGGAGGUCGUGCGGACCCGCGCCGAGGGCCUCCUCGCGUGCCUCGCGCUGCUGGACGACGGCUACGUCCGCCCGACGGGCGAUCAUGCCAAAUCCGCCGCACACUCGAACUCACAGUUCCUCGACGACACGGAGGCCCUCUACUGUUUCAUCGACAGCAGGCACGGCGCACAGGACACGGACAGCGACGACGAGUGCUCCAUCCUGCGCGAAGAGUUCAGGGGCCGCAUCAUCAAGCAGGGCUGCCUGCUCAAGCAGGGCCACAAGAGGUUGAACUGGAAGAUAAGAAAGUUCGUGCUCAGGGAGGAGCCUGCAUAUCUGCACUAUUACGACCCAACAAAGGAGGAUUCACGUUAUCCCCUUGGAGGCUUCGCGCUCAAAAACAGCAUCAUCUCGGCCAUGGGAGAGGACGGCCUCCCGCCCGGCGGGGACAAGGUGCAGGGCAACCUCAUCCACAUCAUCACGCCAGAGGACGUGCACUACUACCUGCAGGCCAGCACAUCCGCCGAGCGGCAGCAGUGGAUCGAGGCCAUCAAGCGCCUGUGCUGAGCACGUGGCUCGCAGCGCUCCAUAGGGAGCCCGCGGGGUGGCGGCGCUCUAGCGCCGCCUUGCGCCGCGAACCGGGCGGCCCGAGUUCAAUUCCCGCCCCCCUCCCUCCGGCCCCUGCUUGCGGCCAACACCGGUGACGAUCAUCUGAA